AACACGUGGACGCUCUGAGUCGUCACCCUUCUUCUACUGAACAAUCACCAAAUACGUUAAAUAUAUUCCAUAUCGAACAAGCGGAUUGGGUGCUCUCUGGACAACUUACCGAUUCUAAGAUUAAUGAAAUAAAACAAGUUUUAUUGAGACCUCCACAAGUGUGUGACGUAAGCCAGAAGAUCGCCGGUGGAUCUAAGCUUUCGGAAGCCGUAUUGAUGAUCGCUGAUUAGUCCAGAUGAUUCCAGAUAUCUUAACAGUUGUUGGUUGACUGCUUUCUCCAUAAUCUUCGAUAUAACUGGAACUAGUGCAAUCGGGCGGUAAUUGGACGGCAUCGUCUUCUUACCCUUUUUGGGUACAGCUUGCAUUUGAGCAGUUUUCCAGCUUGUUGGAAAUGAGCCCUGUUUGUACGAUGCCGUGAACAGUCUACAUAAGGGAGGAGUCAAUUCGUCUGCACAACGUUUUAGUACUAGGGCUGGAAUUCCAUCGAGUCCAGAAGCUUUGUUUGUGUCUACGCUUUUAAGAAUUUUAUUUAUAAUUCGUUGGGGAAACGAAAUUUCUCCCAUCGAUGAAUUCACCCUUGGCAAAUAUGGCGGUGUUUUGCCUUGCGAGUGCACAGUAGAAUUGGACGCGAAGAGUUUACCCAGUAAGUUGGCUUUUUCCCUUGCUGUUACCGCGAUAGAACCAUCAUCUGCUGUUAGGGGUGGCAAGGCCGACUUAGCAAUUCCUUGACUAACGGCUUUCGAUACCGACCAGAAAGAUCUUGUUCCAUUUGUGCAGUUUAGCAAUUUGUUUUUGAUCCUGUUGUUGUGACUCUCUUUGCAUUCAUCAAUAAUUCGCUUGCAGCUAUUUCUGGAGGUUAAAAAGUUUCUCCAAUUUUCGGUGGAAGGAUGUUGACGCCAUUUGCGAUAUGCUGCGUUUUUAGUGUUUACUGCCUUUUUGCAAUUCAGGUUGAACCAUUGCUUGUUGUUUGAUCUGCAUUUAGUAGAAAAAGGGAUAUAAGCUUUCAUUCCUGCCAAGAUCGUCUGUGUAAUUUGGUUUGCACAUUCUGAGAUGUUAUUGGUUCAUUCGAUUUUUGUAUAACAAACGUAAUUCUGGGAGAAAGGAAUGAUUUCUUUAUCCAAUUCGAAAAGAUUGUCAUCCAUUUAAUAUGUUUCAUAUUGAUCAUCUAGGACCUUUCCCUAAAAGUAAAAAAUCAAAUGUGUAUCUGAUUGUUGGCAUUGAUGCUUUUACGAAAUUCUGCUUUUUACAACCUGUCAAAUCCACUAAAACAAAAUAUGUUAUUGAAUACCUCAAGAAUAUUUGUGCAACCUAUGGAUCUUCUAAGUUAUUAAUUACUGAUCGAGGAAGUUGUUUUACUGCUUAUCAUUUCAAAAAUUUCUGCUUACAAAAUAAUAUAAAACUUGUACUCAAUGCUGUUGCAACUCCACGUGCCAACGGACAAGUGGAAAGGCUAAAUAGAACCAUAUUAGGGGCUCUUCUUUCUUUCACCUUAGAAGAAAAUACUUGGGAUGAUAACGUUAAGAAAAUUCAAUUUGCAAUAAAUAAUGUAGUAAAUAAAUUAACAGGAAAAACAGCCAGUCAACUUUUAUUUGGAUAUUCACCAAGAGGAUCUAGUGACAGUAUUUUACUUGAUGAAGUUCAACAAAUUCCGGAUAUUAUUAAUAAUUUGUUAGAAAUAAGAAGAGAAGCUGCUGAAAAGAUAGCCUUAUCUCAAGAACAACAAAAGAAAUAUUUUUAUAAGAAAAGAAAGCGUCCGAAGAGAUAUAAAGUUAGUGACUUAGUCCUGAUUAUGAAAAAUCAACCUGCCACAGGAACGAGCAAGAAACUAUCUGCACCAUAUGACGGUCCAAUGGUCAUAAAAACAGUACUACCAAAUGAUCGCUACAUAGUAGUUGAUAUGAUAGGGUCACGUCGUCUCACUCGAAAAGCGACAUAUGAAAAUGUUAUUGCGGUUGAUCGUAUGCGACCCUGGGUACCAGCUGGUGGAGUUUCAUCUGGUGAGUCGGAUCUGAGCAGUGAUGAAGAAGGGGUAGUUCUGUCCGAUCCUAAUGCUGAGGAUGCUGAUCAACUCGAGACGAGUUGAUAGCAGGAUGGCCGAAUGUAAGACCCUGUUUAUUUUCUAAAGAAUUGAAAUAUUUUUCUUAGUCAUUAAGAUGAAAUUUAUCGGUCUGACCGAAAAGAGGUCCAGGAUAUUUACAAAACUAAAGCUAGCUCAGCGGUACCGUAAGUAACCAAAUACGGUUUACACUUAGCGUUUCCCCUCGGGAAUUAUUUUUAUGGGUUUCGAUAAAAGAGUGAGAUAAAUAUUUGGUUUAUAAAAUUCAUUUGAGUUUUGGUCACUAAAGAGUGAAGUUAUUUAAUAAAAACAAUAAAGGGUGUUGCGACGUGAAAUAAGCUGUGUUGGUUUGGUGUAGUGUUUUACUACAAGAAAGGGUCUACACGUCACCAUCUCUACUUUGGAGUCGCCCAAGCGCCCAGUUGUUUUACAAGGUGUUUAUUCUAUUUUUAUGAUUUAUUUUGAUUAUUUUGGACUAUUUUGAAUUUAUUUAACGUAUUAAAAAUUAUAAAAUUAUUUAAAUGAC